CCUUGAAGAAAGGAGAUGUACAGGACGCCAUGAACUAGGAGAAGGCAAGGAAUGGAGGGAGCACAGGAAAAGCCCUCUACCUAGGUCGUGAGCCCAAUCACUGUGACAGAGAGCACAUGGAGCAGGAAUAGCUGCCGAGGCGAGAUCGAUCGUGCGCACAGGUCGCUUGCAGCCGAUGGGCAGGGUUGUAUCGCAUGUUAGAGUGCCAAGUGGAGGAGUUCAAAAACAAAACGUGGCAUCGGAAACCCUGAGCCUUGAGCCUUGUUUCGCCCGCCGGGCCUUCAUCCACCGGGUCCAGACGAUAGAGAAGCAGGCAAGGAGACUGACUCUACAGGAUGCCGGCACCUACGAACACGACGAUGACGGCGGCACCGACAGCGCCUGCAGGAGCCACGGCACAAGACGCGCAGGAGGGGUCCAAGAUCCGUCGCUUCUUCAAGCGCUUUGGCAGGCGGCCAAGCGACGAGGUCGUUCAGGUCGAUGAAAGUGGAGCAAAUGGAGACGAGGGCGUGGCAGCGACACAACCGCCCGCGAGGACGUCGACGACUGGUGACGCGACUACAGCAAAGAAGACGGGAUCGAUGCGGAGCCGACGAGGGAGCAAGCCAGGCUCGAGCGGCAACCUCAAAGGUGGCGAAGGGGCCAAGAAGAGCGACUCGAUCCUCUCGGGGCGCUUCUUCCACACGGGUGCCAACGCUCCGCCGGUGCCCAAGCAGCAGCAGCAGCAGCAACAACAACAACAAAGCGCAAAGAAGACGUCGGUGGCUGCGCCCGUGACGGGUGGGUUUGGAGGUAGCAGUGGCGAAGGGCUGGCCAACACGCUGGGGCUGCCAUCCACUCCACCUCCUCAGCUCGACGGCCUCCCCGUGCACGACCCCAUCGCGGCUGGAGACCUGAUGUCCUCGCCUCCCAAGACAGCCGCAGCGGCCGCCGCUGCAGUUGCGCAAGAGGGAGCGCAGAGUCGUAUCGGAUCAGCAGGAGACGCACCCCUGCCAGCCGAUGGGCCUGUGUCGGCCAUCUCGCCCGGCAUUCCUGGACAUGCUGGAAUCGACGACAUUAGUAGCGGUCGGAUCUCUGGCUCGGACAGUGGCCAGGGACACCGAGACAGCGUCGACAACAAUACCAUGGACACGCAGAAGAGUCGAGCCAGCACAAAACCGACGACACUGAUGAGCUUUGAGAGAGAGGGCGGUGCUGCGACCGCUGGCAACCCGCCAAUGCUCGCGCAGAUUGCUCAGCACCGCCACGGAGAGGGACGCGGACCCUCGAUCCGCAGCGGCGACAACGCCAGCAUCGGUCACCAGCAGCAUCAGCAGCUGCCACCGCAGGCCAGCGCCAUUGCUGGCUCCUCUGCGAUCCAGUUUGCUGCGCCUCCCGCUGGCCGGUCGACGAGCGGGUCGCUCGUACAGCUGCCUGGGCAGAAUGAGCCGAUGGACGAUCAACCAUACGUCAAUGUUCCCUCGCUCUCUCGCCCCCACCCAUCGAACAACCCGCAUCCUUCAGGCCAGCCGGGCGAUGAUGCCAGCGUACUGACGCUGGCCUCGUCGACCGCGGCCGCCAGCAUCGGUGGAGGCGCGGCAUCGUCGCGCGGACACUCUCACCACGCUGCGCGCAGCAUUGGCGGCAGCCUGAUGAACGAGAGGCGCAACUCGUCAGACACCUAUGCAAGCAUGAAGGCAAUUCCGCCUCUCAGCCGCCGCGGCUCCGAUGCCAGCGAGAGGACGGGCAUGAGCAUCGCCGCCAGCGCCACGGGACGCAAUUCGGCCCAGGCCAUGACGAACGCGCCGCCCAUGACGGCAGCCCCCAGCGACCGGGUGCUGCACCGGACCGCGUCGCAGCGCACCGUCGCCACCCAGCUCUCGAUUCCCCUGACGUCGACGUCGACGUCCAAUCUCGCCGUCGGCCAGGGCCAGGCCAUGGAUGUGCCGGCCAUCAAGACGACUGCGCCGCCCUCGUCCUCCUCAGUCGAUUUCGAGGGCGACAAAGUUCAGCAGCACGCAGACGAGCUCGCUGCGACAAACGGAACGGCAUCAGCACCUGCCGCAGAGACGAGCGACAAGAUUCAGCAGCACGCCGAUCAGCUCUCUGCUGGUCAAUAGAUGAGCAUAAUCUUCCUGAUCUACCUAGCUAGCAUUUACAGCAAUCAUCUUCACAUUUCAAAGAAGUCCCCAAUCGUGCCGAGGCUGGACGAGCUGCCGAGAAACGUACAUGGAUUGUACUCAUGAACGAUUUCUAAUGAGACUUGGCUAAGAAUCGCAUCAAAAGAAGCACUUCUACUAC